UCUUUCCCAUUCUCUUCUCUCUCUCCCCUCUCGUGAUAAACUCAAUGGGGUUGUCUAUUUUUAACCUCCUGUUCUUUCCUUUUGGCAGAGCAAUCAGUGCGAGCCGAGCUCUUUCCCUGAAUGAAUCCAAGUAACCCUAGUGAUUGCCUUCUGAAAUGACCAGCAGACACACAUCUGUCCAGAGGCUGUCCAGAGUAUAAAUUCUGGUUCUAAACUACCAUGUCCAGCCAGGGAAGUCCUGCUGUGGAGUUUUCUACAACAACAGUCAGUUCAGUAGCUGUUCAGGCUGGGGACUCCAAAAUCGUGAUAGCUGUCAUAAAGUGUGGCAAGUGGGUGCAACUUCAAUUGGCUGAAUCACAGCCCAAUCUUCUAGAAAUUGGUAGCAGUCAAGAUGAGACCAAAAAACUUCUUCAUGAUCAUGAACUUCUUUUGGCCAAGCUCAAGGCUUUGGAAGAUCAGGUAUGGGAACUCUUGCAGGAAGCAGACAAGACAGCUGAAGAGAACAAGGAUCAGAGUCAGGUCUAUGAUGCCAUGGCCGACACAUUAGGUGAAGCAUGGGCAACCCUGGUCUCCAUGCUUGAAAGAAGAAGGGAGCUUCUCAGGUUGACCUCUGAAUUUUUUGAAAAUGCCUUGGAGUUUGCUAUUAAAAUAGACCAAGCUGAAGAUUUCCUCCAGAACACCCAGGAGUUUGAGAGUGCGGAGUCCUUACAAUCACUUCUCCAGCUUCAUGAGCAUCACACCAAAGAACUCUUAGAACGAUCUCUGGCCCUUUUAAACAAAAGUCAACAGCUCACUGACUUCAUAGAAAAAUUCAAGUGUGAUGGACCUAAUGUGAAUCCGGAGUUGAUUCAGGGAGCUCACAACAGCUGUCUGAAGAUUGACAGCCUUCUUGAGCUUCUACAAGAUAGGAGGCGGCAACUCGACAAGGACCUGAAGCAACAGCGACAAGAAUUGGGUCAGGUUCUGCAGAUAUGUCAGUGGGACCAGCAAGAAAAUCAGGUUACUUGUUGGUUUCAGAAAGCCAUAAGAGAUUUACAGGAACAAAGUCUAGGUUCAUCACUUUCAGACAAUGAGGAGCUGAUCUGUAAGCAUGAAGAAUUGAUAAUAAAAGCAAAGGAAUGGAAUUCCGCCGUUGAGAAGCUGAAGAGUGACGCACUUGGGAUUCUGCUGUCCAAGGGCUACGUGGAGAAAGAGCGUCUACAGCUCUCUAACCAGAAACUGCAUCAGCUUCAAGGAGAAUGCGGUCGGCUCAUGGCAGAAAGGAAAACUUGGUUAAAAAAGGCAAAUGGUUUUUUUAGCAGCGCUAAUAAGGCAUUUGAUGUACUUGGGAGAGUUGAAGCUUACCUUAAGCUCCUUAAAUCAGAGGGUUUAAGUCUGCCUGUCUUGGCAGCAAGGCAUGAGGAAUUACACAGAGAAAUUAAAGACUGCACAGCUGAUGCUUUGCAAAAGGGACAAGCCUUAAUCAGCCAAGUAGACUCCUGUAGCUCUCAGGGGACCGGAGUCCACGAGAUGAUGGGAUGUAUUCAGAGACGAGUGGACCAUCUGACCCAACAGUGUUCCGCGCACAAAGAAUUUGCUCUUAAGAAACAGCAGCUAACUGCCUCGGUGGAGGGCCUCCUCAAGAAGGUGGAAAUGUCAAUUCAGAAGAUCAGUCCAGUACUUUCUAAUGCAAUGGAUAUCGGUUCCAGCCUUUCUGAAUCAGGGAAGAUUUUGAGUAAAUACUUGGAACUAGAUAACCAAGCUAAGGAGACAGCACAUGAAUUAGAAGCAGCUGCAAAACUUAUGACAGAGAAAAAUGAAUUUGAACCUGACGAAGUGGCAUUGCUUUCUUCUAAAGCUAAAUGGCUAGAGGAAGAAUUAAAAAUACUUGGCCAAAGCAUCGGCUCCAGGUCACAAGUCCUGCAAUCUUAUGUGGCAUUUCUAAAGUCCUCAGAAGAGGUACAGGAGCAGUGUCAGAACCUAAAGGAGUUUUACCAAACUGAAAUCCUGCAGAAAGAAGAGGGUGAUGCUGAAGCCAGGCGUCGAUCUGACUCCAUGGAGAAGCAAUGGCAGCUAUUUUUGAAGAGGAGUUUUUUAACGCAAGACCUAGGGCUUGAGUUCCUUAAUUUAAUAAAUAUGGCUAAAAGGGAUGAAAUAUUAAAUGCAAAAAGUGAAGUGCACUUUAUGGAGAACACUAUGGAAAGCCAGAAGGCAGCAAGAGAAGAACUCAGCCACCUUCGGAUGACAUGGCAACUUAAAGCCAUUGCGAGCAAGCCUGUGAAACAGCAGUGGGGAGCAUUCAAAGAACAACUUAGGAAGACUAUGUACAACUUAAACCUUCUUCAGGAAGCACUUACGCCUGUGUCUGCCCUUGACCUUGGGGGGAGCCUCCAGAGCAUUUUAGGUCUACAGAAAAAAUGGAACGAAAUGAAGCCUCAGCUCCAGCAACUGAAUGAUGAAGUUCAGUACAUUAUAAGAGAAUCGGAAGAGUUAAGUAGCAAAGGAGCUCCUGUGAAAGAGAAGUCUCAACAACUGAAGGAGCUUAUUCAUCUCCAUCAAACACAGAAAGAGAGAAUCCAAGAUUACGAAGAUAUCCUGUACAAGGUGGUCCAAUUUCACCAAGUCAAGGAAAAGCUGGGUCAUCUCAACAAAUCAAGGGAAAUGGAGUUUUUAGAGCAGCCGAAGGAUCUGGAUGAUGCCCAUGAGGCCCAGGUUCACCUCAGUCGCUCUCAGGAAAAGCAGGCACAUAUCGAUCAUCUCCAUCAGCUGGCCCUUUCCCUGGGAGUGGACAUCAUCUCAUCGGUGCAGCGGCCUAACUGCUCUAACGUUUCUGCAAAGAACCUGCAGCAGCAGCUGGACAUCCUUGAGGGGGACUGUGUGAACUGGCGCGCCAAAGCCCAGGAGUAUGAAAGGACCCUGACCCACAGCUUGGAGUACUGCACCACACGGGACAGUAUAAACGAGCUCAAAGAGUCAUUCAAAGAUAUCAAAAAGAAAUUCAAUAAUUUGAAGUUUAAUUAUACGAAGAAAAAUGAAAAAGCUCGGAAUCUGAAGGCUCUUAAAUAUCAAAUUCAACAAGUUGAUGUACAUGCCGAAAAAAUACAGGCUUUGAAAAAGAAAAUAGAAAAAGUUGAGAAUAAAACUUCUGAUUCUUACUUAAAUUAUCCAAAUAGCAAAGUUAAUGGUCUUUUGGAAACCAUGAAGGAUUUGCAAAAACAUGUGGAUGAGUUUGACAAAGUUGUGACGGAUUACAAGAUGAAUUUGGACCUGACCGAACAUCUCCAGGAGAUGAUAGAAGAGUGUCACUUUUGGUAUGAAGAUGCAAGUGCCACAGUUGUAAGAGUUGGAAAAUAUUCCACAGAGUGCACGACAAAGGAAGCUGUGGAAAUUCUCCACCAGCAGUUCAAUAAGUAUAUCAUGCCCUCAGUGCCUCAGCAAGAAGAAAGGAUUCAGGAGAUCAGUGACCUAGCUCAGCGCUUAUAUGGUUUUGAAGAAGGACAGAAAUACGCUGAGAAAAUAGUGGCAAAACACAAAGAGGUUCUUGAAUCUAUCACUGAAUUAUGUGUCUCUCUCACAGAGCUUGAAGAAAAGCUGAAGCAGGGAGACAUUUUAAAGACAAAUGUGAAUUUGGAAGACUUCCAUGAUGAUUUUAUCGACCUGCUAAAAGAACCAGCAAGAAAUAAGCAGACACUAUUCAAUGGAGAAAGGGAUAAGGCUCAGGGAGCAGGCGUUUUGGCCAUCAGUGGAACAGGAGAGGGUCAGCACCUGCAGCACCUGAAGCAGCUGCCCUCUGACAGAGCGGGUGCUGUCCAAGGCCGGCUCCUGCCCGCAGACACCCUUCCAGGAGAAGAAUGUGAAUGUGUCUCACCCAAUGACAUCUCCUUGCCGCCACUCCCAGGAAGCCCCGACUCCCCCCUUGCCCCGACUGACAUGGAAGUGGAGGAGCGCGCCAGCCCUUCCCUCAGCCUGCACACGAGCAGCCACAGGAUGCAGACUGGGCCCAGCAGUCCCGGGGAGGCCCAGGAAUCGGGCAUUCCACCACCUGCUGCUUUUGCUGAUGCUUGCAAUAAGAGAGAAACGUUCUCAAGUCAUUUUGAGAGGCCUUACUCCCAGUUCAAAGCUGAGCUCCCAUUAACCUCCCAAGGAUUUCUGGAAAAAAGUACUGCCUUCUGCAGAAUCAGUGCUAAACAUCCAGAGAGCAUGCCGAGUGAAGUGCAUGAGAGAGCUUCACAGCAGCACCCUCAGGCUCAGGGAAGUUUGCUAGAAACACGGGAGAAAGUGCAUGUUGAUAAUAAUGUCCCUAAAACCCGAGACAGGCUGCAUGCUUCCCAGGAUGCAUGCUCAGGCCUUGGGUUUCCAUCAGGCCCCAGGCGGGCCUAUCAGAGGCAAAUGGUCCCCCAGGAGGAGAUGAAAUGUACAUCAGCAAAGAACACUGCGGUCGGCCUUGCUGGCCAGGCACCUAAUUUCUCCAGGCUCCUGUCUAAUGUAACUGUCAUGGAAGGUUCUCCAGUGACUUUGGAAGUUGAAGUAACAGGAUUUCCAGAGCCUGCACUGACAUGGUACAAGAAGGGCCAGAAAUUGUCUGCAGAUGGGCACUUACAGGUUUUACACAAGGAGACAAGACAUUCGGUGUUCAUUCCGAAGGUAUGUGAGGCAGACGCAGGCCUCUAUGUGGCUCGGGCCCAAAACUCUAGUGGCAUUCUCUCUUCCAAUGUCAUCCUCCAUGUGACAGGUAACCACAGGCCGCCAAUCACAAGAAUAAACUGGGUAACACUGUGUGUCAUCUAUAUUAGUGUGUCCCUAAUGUACUGGGUCCUCGCACAGUAACUGUGGGGUUGGCACUCUUGGUCGUCAU